AUGUCACGAAAGACCAGUGAUGUGUGGUUGCUGUUUUCGGAGGAGAAGGAGAAAAAAGUGCAAUGCCGACUCUGCUCCCAAAAGAUUUCUGUGGCAAACAAAUCGACAUGUAACCUUUUGCGCCAUAUCAAUAAUAAGCACCCCACGCAAAGGAUUACCAGACAAGAGCCACCAAUAAGAGUGGACCCGGACGAUAAUAAUGGCAACUCCACUCCUCAGGUGCAAACAUCAGAUGCACAAUCCCUACCACCAGUUGUCGCACCACGCAGGUCAAGAAUAGAUGAUUAUUUAAAAAAACCACUUUCAACAAAAAAACAAAAGGAAAUUGAUCGGCAAGUGGUGAAAAUGAUUGUUAGGGAGUACCAUCCGUUCAGCGUCGUUGAAGACCCGGAGUUCAAGACUCUGGUGCAUAUGCUUAAUCCAAGUUAUAAACUCCCCACAAGGAAAACUGUGUCGUCCUCAUUAAUGCAAGCCAUUUACAAUGAAACUGUGAUGACAGUAAAAGCACGUUUAAGCAGAGCAUUUGCUGUAUGUUUGACAAUGGAUGGAUGGACUUCUCGGGCCCAAGACAAUUUCAUUGGUGUCACAGCUCAUUACAUUGCUGAUGAUAACAAUCGCAUGAGUUUAGAGUCGGAUUUGUUGACCUGCGUAUCAUAUUCAGAGCGUCAUACUGCAGAUAAUAUAACAAAAAAACUGCAAGAGGUUUUGCUAGAUUGGGAGUUGAAUAAUAAGGUCACAGCUGUAGUUACUGACAACGCAGCUAAUAUGAAGGCAGCAGUUCGUGGAGGACAGUGGCGGCAUUGGGGAUGUUUUGCGCACACCCUAAAUUUAGUUGCACAGUCGGGCUUAAAAGAAAUGCAAACUAUUCUAGAUAAAGUAAAAGCAAUCGUGCGUUUAUUCAAAAAAAGCUCGCAUGCAUAUUCACAGCUGAAAGGCACCACGGCUCGAAUGCAGCUACCAGUCACAAAAUUGAUUAAUGAUGUUCCCACGCGAUGGAACUCAACGUUCGAUAUGCUAGAACGAAUUCUGAAAAUGAAAGAUGCCGUAAUUGCAACUGUAGCUGUGGUACAGUCAUCUGGGCAAGUGAGAGAUGAAGUACUAACUAAUAUUGAGCUCUUAACAAAUGAAGAACGGCAGGCGGUACACAAACUAUGGAAAUAA